AAGUUACUGGUCAGGUGAGGCCUAGGAUUUGCUUGUUGGUGUAGGAGUGGUUGCAUUGUUAGUUUUGUUUGUUGUAUAUUACUGUAUUGUCAAUAUGGAACUUGUGGAGAAGUUUGUGGAGAAGCAUGCCUCUGCUAAGUACCAGACAUGUGUAGAUGGGUCUCUGGGAGAUCAGUUUUUGGCAUUGAGGAUGCAGUGCCAGGAGUAUAAUGGUAACAUUGAUUGUAAAAAGAAUAGCAAGAAGUGGAAGAAAGAAAAGUUAGGUAAUGAAAUCUUAUUGCUUAUGAAAAUUAAGGAGAUAGCGGAAGAGAAGGAGACCAAGUGGCAGAAUGAGAGGAGGCAGAUGAAAGAGAGUUUAGAUAAGAUUGCAGAGUCUGUUCUUGAAAUUUCUGCAGAGUCCAGUAAUGAAUUGGGACAUUUAAAGGCAGAAAUAGAGGAAUUAACCGAAAGUAACAAAGGGCUGGUGGAGUUGGCAGAGAGGUAUGAGCUUAAGGUUCGCUCUAACAGGUCCCAUUUAUUGUCUUUAGAGAAUAAAAUUAGUCAGAUGGAGGUGAUGAUAGCUGAUUUAGAAGGGCAGCUGUCUAAAGCAAGAUCCCAGCUAGUCAGCCAAGAGCAGCACAUUCGGUCCCUUACAUUGCAUAAAUGUGAAGCAACAAAUAUCUGCACAAUCUCAUCUAUAGAUUGGGGCGAGGUAACAGGCAUGGUAGCUGAUAGUCCUCCAGCUUUGACCAUCCAGGACAGACUCCAUUUGUGUAAAGUUAUUGGAGACUGUAAUACUAGCGAAUCACCCAUAACUUUAUCCAAUAGGUUUGAAGCUGUAGUGAAGCAGUAUCACCUAGAUAACAAAGAUGCCUGGUCUCUGCUCCGAGCUUGGCUUCCAGGGCCACUGGCAGCGCAGUUAACAUGUGCCCACAUAGAUAAUGACUGUAGAGGUGCAGAAUUCAGGAGGAAGGAGCUGCAGCAUGUUUUGGGUGGGCGAGACAUUAGGGGUGAAGAUGCCCUAAGAAAAUUGCGGUUCAGGCGAUGUGAUGAUCCGGUCAUGUUUUGUAAUGAUUAUCUCUCCCUAUAUAAGUCUGUUUAUAACUGCCCAGAAAUGUCUCAGGAUGAUACCAAUUUCCUCUAUUCCAUGGCAAAUAGAUGUAACGUAGAUUACACCACGAGAUUGGCGCUGAGAAAUACCAGCUCCCAUGAGAAAUUUAUCAAUAUUUUGAGGGACUGGUGUGAAGGGUCUGGAGACAGGAAUGAGACACCUGAAAACAUAUCUGUUGUGUAUAGACCUAGGAGGAAAUGGUGGGUUAGAUAUUGUUACAAAUGUGGGAGACCAGGACAUAUUAAAAGAUAUUGUGAGACAUCUAAUGUGUAUUCUGAGCCUAUAGACAAUUCAUCACAGCAGGAGGUUAGCAGCAUUCAGCCUGAGGGGGAGAAUACCACCCAGAAUAAAGAGGUCACACAAAGGUGUGAAGAGAUGGGUGAUAUGGAGACUAACCCUGUUACAUUUGCAUCAAAAUCCCCAACAAAACAGUCGCCUAAUGUGAAUAAAGUAGAGACAAAGAAACAGAAAGACACAUCCCCUUGUGAACAGCAAAAGGCAGGCAAUCUGAUUAUUAAUGACUAUAUGGAGCAGAUUAGAAGUGAGGCGGGAUGGAUGGCAUCCAACAGGAGUAAGACACCACAGACUGAUGUCCCCAGCCGUCAAGAUCGGGCAGUUGGCCUUGAGCAGACCGCUGGGACCUGCGCAGCACCACCUCUGGAGAGUCAGGAACUGGAUGGACCUCUGGAAGCUCCACAGGUACUUCUUCAUCAAAGACUGAAGCUUGGACUUGAUCCGGGAUCAGCUGAACAGAAACUGUCAGUGCCUGGACUGGAGAGGCAGGGACUACUUCUGGAACCGUGGGAGCUGGUACACAAACUGGAGCUAGAGGGGAUAGACCAGAAGCCGAUGCACCGACUAAAGUUGUGUGGGUCAACCCCGGUGCUGGAGGUAAACAGAUAA